AUGAGUUAUUACCACGGUUACAACGCUGAAGCAACACAGUACCAACGGAAAACGCGUGCUGUGUUUGUUGAGCCUACGGCUCACGUUUACCGGCAACAUGAUUAUCAAUCAACACCAUUCUUGACUCAAUCAAAUCCUCAAUUUUCGCCCUACAAUGGAUAUGCUCCCGUCCAAUACCCAUACCGUCAGGAGCAACAGUUCCAAAACUAUCAACCUCGACAACAAUAUUUCCCAAACCAUAUCAAUAAUCAAUUCCAUGAAGAGCCUCAAAUCAUCCCUGAAAUCCACUCUAUCCCGCCUGAUCCAUUCACCACCGUCGAACCAAUGGAAACAACCACUGUUCAACCAAAGGAGCAAAUCCUGGAGGAGAUUGUCCGUGAAUGCGAGGAAAUCGAGCGUCGCUCCAACUCCAGCGCUUCCCCAGUUUCCAAUUGGUCUUCUGACGAUCGUGAUACUCCAUCUGUGAAAUCCUUCCAUCCAUACAAGACCCCAGAGAAGAAGGAACGUAAGAAGGCGCAGAAUCGUUUGGCUGCUACUAGAUACCGAGAGAAAAAGCGUCGUGAGAAGGAAGAAGCUCUGACUUGCAUCGAAGGUCUUACUGUAACCAACUUGAAGUUGAAGGAUCAAGUAUCCGAACUGGAACGCGAGGUCCGCUAUUUCAAGAAAUUCAUGCAAGAGAUGGGAAUGAAAAACGCCGUAUGA